AUGGUCACAUCGAUAGCGACGACGACAAGUAUAAUGAAUCCUCUAUCAUCAUCAGCGAUGGCUUCUUCUGCAGAUUCGGCCCCUGUAUCUUCUACCAGUCUACCGACCUUGAAUCAUGAGAGUAUUGGCAAAUAUGGAUUAAAGAAUCUAUCCUCACUUGUGAGAAUGGAGCAAUCAGAUUAUACCAACUAUGCCAUAGGUCAGGAUAUAAGUAAAUGUGGAUUAGAUUUGAAUUCGGAUGUAGAGAUUUUGAAGAAUUGGGCGCUGCCAUGGUCGGAAACGUCUCGACUGGAAGUUGAGCCAUUUUUUCAAAUCCCAACUUUUUUACAAAACUCAACGUUGGCUAAAAAGGGUAAGAGUCCAGGUGCUAUAGAAACAAAGAUUCAAAGUCUCACUGAUGAGACAUUGUUUUAUAUAUUUUAUAUGAAGCCCAGAGAUACUCUACAGGAAUAUGCCGCAAGGGAGCUAGUUGCGCGAAAUUGGAGGUAUCACAAGGAUAUUCAAGUAUGGUUGACAAAGGAUAGUAAUAUUGAGCCGGUGUUGAUUGGCCAAGACGUGGAGAAGGGAGUAUAUAUCUUUUUUGAUCCUCACAAUUGGGAAAAGAUCAGAAAGGAAUUUGUAUUACAUUAUUCUUCAGUACAAGCUUGA